GUGCCCUCCUCCCUCGCCAUGUCGCUCUUGCCGCCUGGCUCGUGUGGUGGCUCCUCCAACCCCCUGCUUAUGCUGCACCAGAAUCCGGUAGCUGCUGGACACCAUCUGGCGGAAGCCUUGACGGCUGCAGCGGCUGCGGCCGCGGCUGCUGCUGCUGCCGCCGGACUCUCAAAAAUCCCUCCAACCCUGCCGCUCUCCGGGCCCAUCACGACGGCCGGCCACACCAACCGACAAACAGCUCACGGUUCCUGUGAGACAGCAGCUCAAAGCCACAGUCUCUUUCCACAGAUUGGUAGAUCAUCUGGUGGCGGUUCCGUGUUGAAUUCCGGGCCCGGACGAUCCGCGGUUGAGUCUUCGUCUUCUACAACCGCCUCGAACUCACCAAAUUGUCCGCCCACAGGCCUCACCUUCAACCAGACCUCGAUGUUGGGCCUCGGCAUGGGAGCCAACUCCCCGUUCCCAAGACUCCCAACAGUCUGGCCUCCGCUGCAGGCUGGAGGAGGCAAUACUGCCAGCACAACUGCAGUGCAGAAGAAUUCGAAUAGAGGCAAAGCCCAGCUUCCUGGGCCCUGGGGCAUGCAUCAACUACCUUUCCCCCCAAUAGGUAGGCAGAUCAUAUGGAACUAG